AUUGUCAUGUGGCCGCUGGCGACCACCGGCCAGGAGGGGGUUCCUGUGCUGUUCCACGAGCCAAAUGUCGUCACAGGAUUCCGACCUAUCAACCAGCCCUGGAUCGCCUACUUCCUGAGUGCCUUUCAGUUGCACAACGAGCUGUUGAACGUGUGGACCCACCUGGUGGCGCUGGUCAUGGUGCUGGUGUGUGGCGGACAGUUCUCCCGCGAGUUUGACCUCCUCUCUGACCCCUACAUGUGGCCGCUGGCUGUGGGAAUCAUCACAAUGGUGGUGCUGUAUCUGUGCAGCUCUUUCGCGCAUCUCUUGCAGAACAGGUCAGAGCUGGCCCACUACACGUGCUUCAUGUGUGACUACGCGGGGAUCGGCCUGUACGGGUUUGGGAGCACCAUGGUUCACUACUGGUACUGUCUGCACGAGGAUCUACUGGGCUCUCUCUCUCACCAGUUGGCUAUCCCGGUGGGUGCGGUUCUGGCGGUGGUGGUGUGCACCUGUUGCUCGAUCUCCAAGACCAAGUACCAGCGACCGUACCCCUUUGCCCGUCGCCUGUGGCAGAUGUCCUCGGUCCUGGCCAUCUACGUGUGGCUCAUCUUUCCCAUCUGGUACAGGAUCUGGCUGUAUGUUCAUGACGGGAAGUGGGAGUCGAGCUUCACCCACCACCUCAAACAAAUGCUUUGGUUCACCACCGGCGGAUUUUUCUUCGGCUCAGAUAUACCGCAAAGACUUUUCGCAGCGGGAACGUUCGACCUGGUCGGCCACAGCCAUCAGCUGUUCCAUGUGUGCAUCAUGAUGACGACCUACGAGCAGCUCAACGCUCUCUACCUCGAGCUCACCGACGGCAUCAGCAUCGUGCACAACAUGGCCGCCCCCACGCUCUUUGAGACCUGGGGCAUGCUGGGAUGUGUGCUGGUGGCCAACUCCUUCGUCGUCUACUUCUUCCACUUCUCCGUCCGGAGGUGCCUGGGCCAGGACGGACGGAACAAGAAAGAGGAAAAGCAAGGAGAGAAGGACAAGUGUAAGGGACAUGGGGGGGGGAGUGUUGGGAAUGGCCGUUGUAUUGAUGGCGCUCCGUGGCAGAUGUCCCAGCGGGGGCCCAGCGGGGGGCGGUCGGUCGGGGAGCGGUCUGACGAGGGGCCGGUCCACACCAGCAACGGAAACAUGGCGGCCACCAAUGGCUCCGGGGGCUCCUAGCUCCUACCUUGUGGGCUCCUACCUGGUGGGCUCCUACCUGGUGGGCUCCCCUCCUAGAACAAAGCCAACAAUCAGACAACGGUGAACAUUUCCUGGAUGGCUUCAGCUUUUGGACCCCCAACAAGAUUUGUGCAUGUUGUGUGUGGGUCAGGGGGUGUGUGGGUGUGUGUGGGUCAGGGGGUGUGUGGGUGUGUGUGGGUCAGG